GGAAGUUGGUACGACUAUAAAAACGUUCCCACCGCUGAGAGAACCGCGGAACUAUUAGCCUAGUUGUGUGUAAACGAGUAAAUAUUAUCACAAAAUGUAAAUUAUUAUUAUUAUUUUUUUUACAUUUUAGCAUGGGGCUAUAUUUGCGUAUAAGGAGUAUAUGUGCGUGUAUGAAGUGACGUCUUAAAAAAAAAAGAAAAAAAAAAGACGACAUGGAGAACCUAAUCGAACCGGCCCAGUGCUCUCCGGAGAGUAUUUCUCAAUCCUCUGUCACCAUCGCCGACUUCUCCGACGAGAUUUUACUGCACAUCCUGAGCUACAUCCCCAGUUACGACCUGGUGCUCGGCGUGAGCCGCGUGUGUCGGAAACUUCAGAUUCUGUGUCAAGACAAGAGCCUGAUUUCUCACAUACGGCUCCAUAAAGAGUACCGAGCAUCUGAUGAAGCUGUGAAGAAACUGCUGAAGGAACUGUCGAGCGACGUCCAAUCUCUGGAUGCGAGCGGCUGCUAUUGGUUGGCCGGUAGUACGUUGGAUGUUGUAACCCGCUGUGUUGGACUGGUCCGGCUAGACGUAACAGGCUGGCGCGUGACUCCGGCACGUCUCUCGCGUCUUCUGGGCUCGCUACGGUUGCUGCGCUCGCUGGCGCUGGACAUCGGCACGGGAUUCGACCUGCAGCAGCUGAGCUCUGAGGGCAAAACGGCUCUGGCACGGCUCAGCGAGCUGAAACAGACCCUCCUCACGCCCUCGUAUGGUGUCGUGCCAUGCUGCGGUGCGUUACAGAGCUUGAGUCUGUACUUGGAAGUGGCUGAGGGUUGGCACGAGCCCAGUGCGCACCUCCAGCUGAUAGUGGGGCAAAGCAGUGUGCCGCGCUAUCACAAUCUGCACUGGUUCUCUGCACGCUUGGCGCCCGGAGAGGUCAACCGCGCAUUGCUUAGUCUUUACUUGGCCGCUUUUAGCAUGCGCGUACCCGAGGGCCUCACUGGGUUGGUUGUUGCCAUGCCCGGUCCUGCUCCACCCAUGCCUGCUUCCGAAGGUUUGCUAACUCAGUGCAUCUUAUCAGCCGGGAGUGCAAUCAGGGCUUUCCAGCUUCCUCAGAUGUGGUUAGACGGCGCCACGUUGAGGCGGGUUUUGGGAUACGGAUGUCCAGCCUAUUUGAACGUAUCACGGUGCGCGGGUCCGGGAUUCGAGCCACUGUGUGUGUUGUUGGGUGCUGGUUGCGAACUUUCACCACUGCGCAGCCUCAAUCUGCGCGGUAAAACCGAGGAGGAAGUGGACGCCGAGGGCAUCAGGACUCUUACCCAAUCAUGCCCGCGACUUACCCACUUCAAUCUGUCCUCCACACACUACCAUCAUACCACUCCGGAAAAGCUUGACGGGCAUCUCUGUGGGGCUCUCGGAUAUCUCGGUCGUCUCCGUUCUCUAGCACUGCCUGCUUGCGCGCUGUCACAAGGGCCACCCGUACCAGCCAACAAGCCGGAUUUGGCUACAAAACUGUCCUCCGAGUCCCCGCUACUCGGACUGAAGAAGAAUCGCCGCGUCGGCGUCCCAGCCUACCAGCCGAUGCUUGACGGCACAGGGGAUUUAAAGGAAGAGCAGGAAGGUGAAAUAGAGUCCUUCCUGCGCCCGCUAAUAAACGGUUGCCCGUGUCUGGUUGAGUUGGAGUUGAUUGGAACAGGGUUCUUGUCAGCAAUGCCAAGGUACGAGCCAGCCAUGCGUAAGGAUCCCGCCGCCUGCCCCUGGUCCUUCCAGGUCGGAGACGCCCAGCUGGCGGCUUUGGGAAAGCUCCGCUUUUUGCGCAGGCUCACUUUGGCUCACCUGCCAGGGGUCCUGAAGGGUACCGGACUGGUACAGCUCGUUCUGGGGUGCAAGGACCUUCAGGCGUUAUCUCUGGCCAACCUCGGGUCCUUAAAGACUGUGAAUUAUACCCCGGCUCUACAGGAGGCGCUCAAACACUGCACACAGCUCAGGGAGUUCAGGUUGGAGCAGCCGUACUUCAGCGCCAAUGCCGCCUUCUUCGACGCGCUCGCUCACUGCCGCCUCCUCCGGCGCUUCUGUCUCGUCUCGCGCCACGGAACGUUCCAGCACCCGGCCGCCGUCGGUUUCAUGCAGCACUGCGAGGACGUCAUCAUGUUCCACAUGUUCACGGGCGGCACUCUGGUGGCCUGCAAAACGCUGCAGAAAACGCUGCUGGACGGUUUGUCUGCAUCCCGUCCAGCCCUGAGUGUGGUGGUGUACCCCCUUCUCCACGAGGACUUAGGGAACGUGAUCAGGGAAAUGCCGCUCUGCCAUCUGGACGAGAUCACGCUCUUCAAGACCCGUGUGGCAGAAGAUCCCACUGUACUGUGAGACACAGAGAGAUGUCUGACAUUGCCUUGCGAUGGUGGAUGUUAACAUUUCACCGCUUAUUGUUUACACAGACACAAAGGGAGUUUUGCAGAUCGUCUAGACGUCACCUGCAAAGGACUGAAAUCAAAAUAAGUGUGUUACAGACGUUAGUGGGAAGCACAACAGUGCCAGAAUCACAUCACACAUGAAAUAAAGUUGCUGUUGGUGCAUUCUUUGUUGUUGUUGUUGUUGUUGUUGUUGUUGUUGUUAUGUCUUAUGAAUUUUCAGACAAAAUAAAGGAACACGUUAUCAAAUAAA